CCGCGGGGGAAUCGGAUGAAGCACAUCUGGACAGUUGUGGCAAGAAACUUGUGCGGCCCCUUCCGAAGUCCGACGUCAGCUGGGCACGUCCCCCACGUCCUCUCUUUCCUGUCACUUAUUAUUUAUUCAUUUUCCCAAAGAAGCCACCAGGGACCUGAGCUUAAAACUUUUUUUUUUUUCCUCCUAAAGUGAGAAGGUGCCAGAUCCCAUCCAACUUACAGUUUAAUUUUCAUGGGGUUCUGGGAUCAAAAGAACAGAAACAGCAACAACGAAAGCCCAGCCGCUGUCUGAUUUAAACUGGCAACGUGGGAAAAAUAAAGUUGCAUAAACAGACUGAGUUGGGGUGCUAUGGGUCCGGUUUCUGUAAAUCGGGUGGAGGUGGAGGCAACUCGCAGCGCAGUGAGUACAACGCCCAGGGAGAAACAUACCAUGGGGAGCUUCAGAGGUCAUGCCCUCCCUGGAAUCUUCUUUUUUAUCAUGGGAAUUUGGUGGAGUAUAAAAAUUAUUCUGAAGUAUAACUGCAAAAAGCAAAAGCGAACCUUCUACCUUGGCUCCAAAGCAUUAUUCCAUCGAAUAGAAAUUUUGGAGGGAAUUAUAGUGCUUGGCAUGGCUUUAACUGGCAUAUUUGGGGAACAGUUUACUUCUGGAGGGCCCUCCAUGAUCUUAUAUAAUGAAGACCAUUGGAACAGCCUCAUGAGCUGGCACCAUUGUACCAUGUAUUUCUUCUUUGGGUUCAUGGGUGUUACAAACAUCCUGUGUUUCACCAUCAGCUCACUUCCCACCUCCUUACCCAAAUUAAUGCUGUCAAAUGCUUUAUUUGUGGAGGGUUUGAUCUUCUAUAACCACACUCACGGCCGUGAUAUGCUGGACAUCUUUGUGCAUCAGCUGCUAGUCUUGGUUAUCGUUUUGACAGGCCUAGUGGCCUUCUUGGAGUUCCUCCUCCGGAGCAAUGUACUUCUGGAGCUUCUGCGGGCAAGUCUCAUCCUGCUCCAGGGAAGCUGGUUCUGGCAGAUUGCUUUUGUCCUGUAUCCCCUUGGUGGGCAUCCUUCGUGGGAUUUAUUAGAUCAUGACAACGUUUUUUUCCUCACCAUAUGCUUUUGUUGGCAUUAUGCAGUUAACCUUGUCAUCAUUGGAGUGAUUUAUGCUUUUACCACCUGGUUGGUUAAGUCCAGACUUAAGAGGCUCUGCCCCUCAGAUGUUGGACUCCUGAAAAAUGCUGAACGAGAACAAGAAUCGGAAGACGAGAUGUGAUUCUGAUGGUUUUCCAGUCUUUCUAAAUAAACCUUUGUUUAUUGGUUUGUUCAUGCUUUUGUUUCUUGGCCUUCUGUUUGCAGAACAACUGGCUGAGGAUAACUCUCAGUGUACUGUUUGUGUUUCCAAUUAUGUAAAAGUAUUUGAACUUAAAUGUUUUACUUCUAGGUUUGAAAAUACCCUGGGUGAUAAAUUCAUUUUGUACAUCAUGCGCGUCAUGGUAUUCAGGGGCUAGAGUGACUCUUCCAAGGCUGUUUAAAGUUUGAUGCCUCACUAUGAAAAAUACAUAUUUUAUUUGCCUAUAGAUAAUGCUCAAGGUUCCUGGAAUUAAUAUUUUUUGUAUCUUGUUAAACAUGGAAUUAUACUUGGUUAUCUUAUUGCUACAAUGAGAAAUAAAGAAUACAUGCACCUUGGUGCAGAC